AUGCGUCCUCCUGAAGCCGCUCGAGUUGACUAUGCAAUCGUCCUAGAGCCAACAUCCCGUUUACAGGCCGCGCUGCCCUUCCUCGAGCCACUUCCAGGGACUGACGACCCAAGCUGGGCACCGACGUUACAAGCAGAUGUGAUCCAUUGCCCGUUUGCAUCAGUAAUUGAAACGAAAAAGAGCGGAGGUGAUCCUCAGAAGGCUGAGUAUCAGCUCGGUAUUUGGGCCUUUGCUAUCUUCAAGCGUUUGCGGUUACUGUUGGAGGCAAAUGGGCAAGCACAGCAGCCUCUGCCGUGUCUGCCUCUUUUCAUGGCGGAAGGCGAAACAUGGGACUUCUAUAUUGCGUCUCAAGGUGCUGACUCGAGGACGGUCGUGUGGACUUUCGACGAGAUCGGGAACGCUCUGUAUCGAAAGGGAGUCUACCAAAUUGUCGCUAUUAAGCAAUUUGUCUGCCACUGGGCGCAUACUGAGUUUCGUGGAUGGUUUGAGAAGCACUGCUUGCCACAAGUCGAUCAAGAACAACCGUAA